GAGAACAGGUUUCAUCAGGAGAACAGGUUUCAUUUGGACAACAGGUUUCAUCAGGAUAACAGGUUUCAUCAGGAUAACAGGUUUCAUUAGGAGAACAGGUUUCAUCAGGAGAACAGGUUUCAUUUGGACAACAGGUUUCAUCAGGAUAACAGGUUUCAUCAGGAUAACAGGUUUCAUCAGGAGAACAGGUUUCAUUUGGACAACAAGUUUCAUCAGGAGAACAGGUUUCACAGGAGAACAGGUUUCAUUAGGACAACAGGUUUCAUUAGGACAACAGGUUUCAUCAGGAGAACAGGUUUCAUUAGGACAACAGGUUUCAUCAGGAGAACAGGUUUCAUUAGCAGAACAGGUUUCAUUAUUCGGUCGAACGUUAAGUCGGAAUUUCGGGAAAAAUGGAUUUCAGUGGUGGCCGGUGAUAUAUCAAACCUGA